AUGCUACCCAGCACGUUGAACUUUCAACUCCUUCAACAACCACGAUCACAUUGGAUACCUACUACAACCCAAGAACACAACCAACAAGUGACCGAUACUCGGCCCAUUCCGUCGCCCAACAAUGCGCAGCUAGAGCAUCUAGCAAGGCUCACAAGCCGUGCAAAUCAUCGCGCUCGUGAGUGCCGAAAGAUAGACCAGGAGAUAUCGCGGAUUACGAGCAACAAGGAAGCUACAAUGACCGCGAAUCCAUACUUCCACUAUACUCAUAAUAAUGUCCUAGCGGCCAUGGACAGAGAAUUGGUGUCUCUCUGCAGAGAAUUGAGGGAUAUGAAGAAAAAAGAAAAAAAAGAGGCCAUGAUGGAGCAGGAAAUCUGGAACCAGAUUGGUUGA